AUGCGUUACCUGAUAGUUCUCACCUUCGUAUUAUCGGUUCUCGCAGACGGAGAUCAUCCCGUCGUCUAUUCAUAUUCGGGUGCGGCUUCGGAUUCGGGUUCGUACGAAGGUACAACGACCGAGGCUCCGGCUGAGGAAGAUAAUACAGAAAGACCGGACAGUAGCGACAAGGAGCUUCUCCAACCCCGAUUCUUCGCCUACUCAGACCAAUAUGGCAAUGCCCAUAGUGAACCUGAAAACAGUGAAGAUGAAAAUGACGAAAAAGAAGAAAGUGAACCGACGGAAGAGAAGUUUACUAAAGGUGGUGGUCACGAACACAAUGUGGAACACGACAUCACUCAAGGUAACAAAGGUAAAAAAGGAUACAAAGGAUAUCACAAAUUUGCCAAAGGACAGAAGGGCGUUCACGACAAGGAAUCCCACAAAGGUAAAUACAGUGACGCUAAAGGGGUGAAAGGAACGAAAGAAAAAAAAGGAGCCCAUUUCGGCAUUCUGCAGCACGCUGAGAAAGGGAGGAAGGCGGCGAAGUACGGUGAAUCUGGAGAACACAAUAAGGGGCAUCAUACCAAAGGUGAGCAUAAGAUACAUAAAAAAGACGAGUAUGUUAAAAAACACGAAUUUUACGACGAGCACCAUGAAGGAGGAGAGCAUGAAAAGAACGGCGGGUUCCAUCAACUAGUGGCGAAGAAAAAAGGAUCCAAGAAACGUCGAGGUAGGAAGAAGUCGGGAGAAGAUGAGAAAAAGGCUAUACGAAAAGGACGAAAGAAGAAAGUAAAGCAUACAGGGAAGAGGAAGGGUCACGACAAAGAUCUUGCAUCACGCACUGUCCAUCGCACCAGGGGAAGGACCUUGCGGAAAGGUUCUAAAAUCAAGAACCGCCAUCACUAA